UACACAAUAAUUUAGUGUGUCUCGAAACGUUGUAUGAGUAGAAUGUGUUGUUGAAAGUGUUUGAAACGAUGGGGUUUUAUCAUGACAUAUUUCCGGUUGUAAACUCAAUCAUUGAAUAUUUUUUAAAUGUUAGUAAAUUGAAUAAAAUAGGGGAUGGUGGAAUUUAUUUAAAAAAGAUGCUCUCUUUAAUAGUAGUUUUAAUUACAUUCACCGGGAUUGCACCGUUUGUAAUUUUUAGAUCGACUUUACAAUUAUUUUUAAAAUUUUUUUAUGGAAAAAAUUAUCUUGGGAUGUUAUCCGGAAAUGAUAGGCCAUGCUUAGAUCCGUCUUGCCUAUUUUUAAACGUUUAUAUAUUAGAACAUGAUGGAACUAUAAAUGAGAUAUACGAAGACGUUAAAAAUUCUUGUAAUAAACUAUUUUUUUCGCAUACCAAAUUUUCAAGCGUAAUGAAAUCAACGUUGGGUUAUCAAUAUUUUGUUGCAAAUCAAAUUGGUUUUGAUGAAAUUUUACGAGUUGAAAGUUUUAAUGAAGAUCAUAUAACCAAAGAAGAUCUUUCCGAAUUUAUUGAUGAAAAGUAUUCGUAUCCGUUGGAAAAGAAGCUUUGGGAAGUUACGAUUAUUAACAAACCAAUUAUUUAUAAUAAGCACUCCGAAAAUAGAAAUUGUUAUGCGAUAAUUAUUAAAAUUACUCAUACGAUGUCAGAUGCGAUUUAUUUAUCUUCGAUGCUUCAGAAGUACUUCUUCAAUAAAUGUGAUAACAAAAACUUUAUAAAAGCUUUAAAAAGUGCAAAGACUGAGAAAAGUAAUCGUGUUAAAAACAUAGUUAAAUACAUUACGAUUCCUAUCAAAUUACCUCCACUUAAUAAAACUAAUCCGAAAAGUAUUUCGAGUGUGUAUAUAGAAGAAAAUCAAGUUUAUUUUAAUAUGGUGAGAGAAAUCAGGAGGAAACACAACGUAACUUUUCCACAAGUUAUAUUCACAGCCGCUAUGUGUAGUUUCUCAAAUUAUUUGAAAAAUAAACAUCCCGAUGUUGAAAAAGUUCGAUAUGGUUACACAAUUCGUCCUGAAACUGAAAACAUAAACCAAGUUUUAGAAGGAAAAACUUUAAUAAACGAUUUAUCAUUUAUGACUUCAACAUUUAAAUGCAACAACAAAAACAUUAAAGAAACCUUAAUGAACAUUUCGAAAAGUUUAAAUGAACAAAAAAGAUCAACGGAUGGUCAAGCAAUGUAUCUUUUGCAACAACUAGGAACGCAUCUGCCAUACCCAAUUCUUAAAUUGUUUUUUAAAUUUAUGAUUCGUCCGAUAACGGUGGGUUUUUCAAAUAUUCCCGGCAUUAACGAUGCUUUUAUAAAUGGAAAGAAUGUUCAAGAUGGAUUUGUUUAUGUAAAUUCUUACCUAAGCACAAAAUUCCUUUUUCAAAUUUACACAUACGACGGCCGAAUCCAAAUCAAUUUAACAGCUACAAACAACACGGUUGAUACAAGAAUGGAAAUUGAUGGAAUUCUUCGAGGUAUUUUUGAAAAUAUAAAUAUAUUGUACAAUGAAUAAAAGCUGUAUUAUAAAGCUC